AUGCCCCAUUCGACUAAUGCCAUCUCAAUGCAAUCUACUGAGAGGGUUCCUGAGGCUAGUCUGGCUGAGGCUUCGGAUACGAUGGAGGUCAAACGGCAGGAUAGAGUGAAUUUACGGGCUACUAGGUCGCCUGAUCGCCUAGCUGAAGAAUUGAUCAGUUCCAGAACAACUCUAGAGCAUUGUCUCAAAAGUCAUUCCAAGGUAAAUAAGGAAAAUAAACUAUUGAAUGCAUACAUAAAGAUUAUUAACUUACUUAAGGAAUGA